UAGUAAUGAAAAGUGAUUGAAAGCUGGUUUAACCUCAUUUUAUUUAGCAUAAUAAAUAAUAGGAAAAAGCUAUAAAAUAAGGAAUAGGAGUGUAUAACGUGUACUAAUUAAUAUCAUUAAUAUCUAAAAUUGAUUUGGAAACAUGGGUUUAAUCUGUAAUCGUAAAAUGUGAAAGUUCCCACCCCAUAACAAAUAGCUUAGAAAAAGAGGCAAUAAACAAGAAUUGCUAAACAAAUUAGACAAUUUAUUAAUAAUUGAGUGCAGCGAAUACAGUUUACAAAGGUCGUAACUUUAAUUGUGAUAAUUUAAAAUGUAUGUUUGUCAACAUACUUUUCCAUAACUUGCAUUAUGAUGGAGAAGCCACAGAGUUGUACUUCUGAAACCAGUGGUGCCUCUGAAGAGGAUUGUUCUAAAUCAAAAUGCUCUCAUUUAUCUGAUAAAUACCAUUUAAACAUUGAUCUAGAAAAUAAACUACAAGAAGAGUACCCAGAAGUCAUAAAACUCAUUAGGCUAUUACAUAAAUGCAUAAAAAAGCAGAGAAGGAAACUCAAUGUAUUAAAAGGAAAGUUAAAAAAACAUAAACAGACUGUGGAAGCUGGAGUACAAACUGGUAAUUCUCUGGAAACUGAAGUAUCUAAGUGCAAUUUAGAAACUCCAGGAAAUAUAACUGAAGAAAUUACACAAGCUGCAGAAUUGGCAGUUCAAAAUAGUGGUUUUGUUUUUGAAGAAACAUCUGGACUUUAUUAUGAUUACAGCACUGGAUAUUAUUACAAUGCAGAACUUGGCUUAUAUUAUGAUGGAAAUACUGGAAUUUACAUGACUUAUGAAGCCUCCAGUAAUUCUUACAAGUUUCAUUCUAAAGUGGACAUUCCUUCUAAAAAUUCAGAACAAGAACUGACAAGGCACAGAACCAAGACAAAGCGAAAAGUUUCUAACCAGGAAAAAAAUCAAGAUUCCAAAAAGAAGUGCCUUCCAAAAAAACCAAAUAAGAACAAAAUAAGUAAAGAAGAAUUGGAAGAGGGUGAAUGCUCAGAUACCGAAAGUACUGAGGAGGAAGAGUCAAUAACUAGCAUUGAUAAUGAAGAUAGUUUAGAUAGUGAUGCUUCAAAGCGUUGGCCUCCCUGUAUGCGAAUAAUUGUGGAGGAAAGCACCGUGGCAAAAUUAAGAAUUGGUUCAUUGUACAUAAUAACUUACGAAGGUGGUUCUUUGGGAAGGGAGGGUGACCAUUCCAUUUUAAUACCCGACAUUAACACGAGCAAACAUCACUUAAAAUUCUCGUUUCAUAAAGAAUCAAAUAAAUUUUUGGUAACCGAUUUGGGAUCGAGAAACGGGACCGUGCUGAAUGGCAAGCGAAUGUCAGCUUCAAAACAAGAAAGUGAAGCCCACGAAGUUGCACACGGUAGCAGAAUACAAAUUGGAACGACAAUUCUUCUGUGCCACAUACAUAACGGUAAUGAAACAUGUGGACUUUGUGAACCUGGUCUCGUUCAAAACAAUACAGCUGAAGAUAAUAAAGGAGUUAUUGCCCCAAGUUUGACAAAGGGAACACAACAUAAAAAGGAGCUUCAAAGACUGAGGAAGAAGUUUGGGAUAACGUCCCAGGAUAACAGUAACAUCCAAUUGGCUAGUGGGUACUCAGACAGAGCCCAAGCUAGAAGGGAAACUGUUGGUAGCCACAAUGAAUAUGAAAAGACUGAAGUAGCUUCUGUUGAACAAUCCAUUAAGCCGAAUAAUAUCGGGUUCAAGAUGCUUUCUAAAAUGGGAUGGUCAGAAGGACAGGCACUUGGAAAAGAAGGGUCAGGAAUAUCGGAACCAAUUCAACCAAAGGCAAAUUUUAACAGUGCGGGUUUAGGAAGCAGCCAGAGUGAAAUUCUGACAAAUCAAAACGAAAAUAAUACCAAAGGAAAUAUUUGGAAAAAGACUCAAAAGAGAUUUCAACAACUACCAGCUAGCCAGAAUAUAUUUGAAGAUGAAGAAUCAGACUAAAUCAAAGUACAAAUAUUUUCGAGUAAUUGAACAGUGUUAUAAUUUUUAAGAUUUUACAUUUUGUA